AUGGAGCUCAGGAAGCCGACCCUCAACGAACAACGCUGCAUCACGCGCCACUCUCUGGACUUCUACCGUGGUCUAGUUGUCGCCGCGGUCUAUGAGUUCCCCGAUCAGUCUCACUCGGAGCUGAAGCCGCGCUUCGAAGCAGCAAUCCGGCAUUGCGUACUAGGCCAUCCAAUUCUCGGAGCGGUCAUUCACGACGCGGAGGAGGAGAAUUCACACUUCCGGAAGCUGGAGAGUCUGGAUCUGGACAGGCAUCUGAGGUGGCUUGAGUCGGAGGACGUGGGUGUCGAUGUCUGCAAGAAUGCAUUGUAUGCUCGAGAGGAGGAUCGGGUCGUGGAGAUGAUGGUGGAACGGGCAUUGAAUCAAAGAUUCGAAGACGUGGCGGAGGUACCGCCGUGGAGAGUCUUCGUCGUUCCGAUGAACGAGGAAAGAAGUGGGAGUUGGCUGGUCACGUUCAAUUAUUCGCAUUCGCAUGGUGAUGGGUUGAGUGGAUUGUCGUUCCACAGGUCGCUCGUCGAGGGAUUGUCGCAGACCACUGCUAUGGAGUCCUCACACCAGGGCGAUAUCCUUCCAACGAGCGUGGCCGACUUGCCGGCCCCAGCAGGACCAUUCCCAAUUUCGUGGGCAUUCCUGCUAAGUGUGUUGGUCAAUGCUUUCUUUCCGUGGCUGACAUCGUGGUGGGAAAAAUAUCCGAGAUCAUCAGUAUGGACGGGUGGUCCCAUGUUCUACGAUAAUGAUGCUGAGACGGCGACCAAGCUGUUGACCAUUGAUCAACAGACGCUGACCACGAUUCUGAGCAAUUGGAGACCACAUGAAGUGAAGCUCACGGCGCUUCUGCAUCUUGCCAUGAAUCGGGCUCUCACGACAGAGCUCAGGAAGCAUGGCAUAAGCCUGGAUCCCAUGGGUGUGAACGCAAGCUCAGUAUCGUUCCAGUAUCCCGCCAUCGAGGCGUCCUCAACGGUGACAGAAGAGGAGGUUGCGGCCGCCCAAGAGCAUACCAGAAAACUUGCAUCUGGAAGCUCAACAAGUCAGGACCAGGUCAUUGGACUUCUUUCGUAUGCCAGACCGCUGCGGAAAUGGCAUCUCGACAAGAUGGGCAAGAAGCGAGACUCGAGCUGGGAGAUCAGCAAUCUCAUGACCAUCGAUGUAGCUGCGCCUAUGAACGGGAGGCUUACCAGGGUUGUCUUUGCGCAGCCAGCAGAUGCGAGUGGCCAGGCACUUUCUCUUAACGUUGUUAGUCUGAAAGGAGGCUUGCUCGAAGUCAUGAUAAGCUGGCAAGUCGGUGCUCUUGCCCUACCUGGUCCAGUCGAAAAGAGGAAGGAGGUCGAGGUCGAUUUCAUGGAACGAGUCGCGACCGCCUUCCGACAGCAGCUUGUGUUUCUUUCGAAAGGCCCCCUGGGACGGUCAUCAUAG